UUUGAACUGAGCAUGCGCAGUGAGCCUUGCCAGCUGCGAGGUUGUUUGAGGAAGUUUGUUUGGUUUCUUUCUACCUGUUGCUGCGAAGGAUUCCUUAAUGUGAGCUUAUCUACGGAACAGACUUCUUUCCGAAAUGAGCUCAACAUCAGAUCUGGAGCAGCUGGCAGAAAUAGAAUUAGAGAAGGGGGAUGAGGAGGAUGAGGAGGAUCAGACGUGUGUCACAGACGCUCCAUCACUUCCUCCCAGCAGCGCACUCAGCCCUGACUCUUCUCACCCGUAUUAUGACGUGGCUCGACACGGCAUCAUCCAGGUCUCCGGUGAUGACAGGUACGGCAGGAAGCUGAUCAUCUUCAGCAGCUGCUGUUUGCCGCCGUCACACCAGCUGAACCAUCGCCGCCUGCUGGAGUAUCUGAAGUUCACGUUGGACCAGUAUGUGGAGAUGGACUACAUACUGGUUUACUUCCAUUACGGUCUGAGGAGCAGCAACAAGCCGUCUCUGAAAUGGUUACGAGAAGCGUACAGCGAGUUCGACAGGAAAUACAAGAAGAACAUGAAAACUCUGUACGUCGUUCAUCCGACAAACUUCAUCAGAAUCGUGUGGAACAUUUUCAAACCUCUGAUCAGUCACAAGUUUGGAAAGAAGCUGACGUACGUCAACUACCUGAGUGAACUCGGGGAACACCUGAACUACGAGCAGCUCAUCAUCCCUCCCGAUGUUCUCAGACACGAUGAAAAGCUACGAGCAGCUCAGAAAGGCGAACCCCCUCCCUCGGUGAAGACCCCUCCGGCUCGACCGCCCCUGCCCACGCAGCAGUUUGGAGUCAGUCUGCAGUACAUUCGAGAGAAGAACAGGGAGGCGAUGAUCCCGCCUGUGAUCACUCAGACUGUGACUUAUCUGAAGGAGAAAGGUCUGAUGACCGAGGGGAUCUUCAGACGUUCGGCUCGAGUUCAGCUCAUCAAGGACGUUCAGAAACUCUAUAACCUGGGUAAAGCAGUAAACUUUGAUGAGUUUGGAGACGUCCACGUUCCUGCUGUGAUCCUGAAGACGUUUCUCCGAGAGCUGCCUGAACCUCUGCUCACAUUCAGAGUCUACAACCAGGUCCAGGACUUCCUCAAUGUGGAGAGCAGUCUGAGGAUCACCAGGUGUAAACAGCUGGUUGAAAGUCUUCCCGAACAUAAUUACAUCGUAGCAAAGUACCUGCUGAGUUUCCUCCACAUGGUGUCUCAGCAGAGCAUCGUGAACAAGAUGAGUGCGUCUAACCUGGCCUGCGUGUUCGGGGUGAACCUGGUUUGGCCUCGGCACGGUUCCAUCUCUCUGAGCGCUCUGACGCCCAUCAACAUCUUCACUGACAUCCUCAUUGAACAUUUCCACACCGUGUUCGGCUCCCGCUGCCCACCUGCACAGGUAAUGCCCUAAAGCCUGCAGAUCAACGCCAAGCCUGGCUCCAGAUGGCACUCAUCCCCGCGCUGGUUGAUACAACACUCUGGCCCAAAAUGAAAUUCCUCGACAACUACAGACAUGAAAUUAGUGACUGUUUAUUGUCUCCAGAGGAUGAUUCCUAAGGACUCUGACGUUUCCUCUGACGCCGCCCAUCUGGACAUUUCUACACGAAAAAACAAAACAAAUCUAGGAGUCUGAUUGUCACAAAACUGACAAACAUUCCUGCUCCCCAGAUGAUGAACCUUCAUGUUGUAUGCACUAUUUUUGGCAGUUUUCCUCUAGCGCUACUCAAAUUUAAGAUAUUUGAGCGUUUGACACUACAAUGAUAUCUACAACAACAGUUUACUUCACACAUUGUUUUGCCUUCUACAUACUUGUUACCUGAAGUUUUCGUUAUAUCUAUGUAUUUGUAUAUGUUUUGUACCAUGAGUUUACCUGGUGAUCACAUUGUGUUAUAAACUUAUCCAAGUAAGGACAACUGAG